CUCAAUCAUGUUUCAACAGCUUAUGAUUCCGUAUGAUUCGUCGUAGGUGAUACGAACAAUAUUAAAAAUUAUGCAUUCAUUUUCACAGACCAAGAGCAAGACUAGGUAAUUUGUUUUCAUGAUUACGAUUUCAUUCGGAUUCGUUGAUUAACGACGAGAGCUAUCUCAAGCAAAAAGAUGGUCGUGCCAAUGAAGAAAACGUUGGUGAAGAGAAAAAAGCUCAAAGCUAAGACGCCAGCAGCACAGGAGGCAGCACCGGAGAAAGCAGAACAGAAGGCGGUGGAGUCAGAAGUCGAAGAUGAACAAGAGAAUGUUGCUGCAGCACAGGAAAAAAAUGCCUCAGAAAGUGAAGAACCUGCCGCGCCUAGCGGUGUAAAGAGUGGCUCGUCUUCCAGCAGCUCUAGUACCGCACCUGCAGCACAAGAAAGAGCCGUAGAUGCGGCUACGACAACCGAAGAUGGUGAAAGAACUUUCGCAUCUCUUGGUGUCUGCCCUGAGCUUUGCAAAGCAGUGGAGUUGCUUGGAUGGAAGAAACCGACGGAAAUCCAGUGUGCCUCCAUUCCCCACGCGAUUCAGGGAAAAGACAUUAUCGCGUUGGCAGAAACUGGUAGCGGUAAAACGGGCGCGUUUGCCCUACCAAUUAUCCAGGCUCUUCUCGACAAGCCUCAACGCUUUUUCGCGGUCGCAUUGAGUCCAACCCGCGAACUCUGUGUGCAAAUUGGCGAGCAAUUCAAGGCUUUGGGCGCUGCGAUUUCAUUGCAGGUACUUACUUGCUUCUAGUGCUAUAAUCCUGAAAGGAAAUGUUUGGUUUCAGGAAAUAACUUCGAAAUGGAAAGUAUCUGCUCUGUUUAUUGAUAUUGUUAUUGAAAUAGAUAGGGCUCGUAGGGUGUCAACAUGACACUCCUUAAGAUGACGACUCGCAUUAAAAGAUAUUUGUUUUUUUUUUGCACUAAGCCCUUUAUUUCAAAGACUCAAUAAAGAGAUCAUUUAUCUCUCCUCGAUCAACUUGUCUUCUCAACUCCAAAAACAGACAUGCAUCAUUCUCGGUGGUGUGGAUAUGAUGACGCAAGCCCGACAACUUGCCCAGCGACCUCACGUGGUCGUAGCGUCCCCAGGGCGGCUUGUAGACCACCUAGAAAACACCAAAGGCUUCCACCUGCGAACCCUCCAGUACUUGGUUAUGGACGAGGCAGAUCGCUUACUCAGUGAGGAUUUCGAGGAAGCCUUGGACAAAAUUUCUCUAGUCGCUAAUCCGAAGGAACGAAAGACCUAUCUUUUUAGUGCGACGAUGACCUCAAAGGUUGCAAAAUUGCAACGGGCGUGCCUGAAGCGACCGAUCAAGUUAGAGAUCAGCAGCAAAUAUGACACAGCGAAAGGCCUUUUGCAGAACUACAUUUUCCAGCCACUCAUGUACAAGACGGCGUGGUUCGUCGCACUAGUGAGCCACUUUGCGCGCUAUUCCAUUAUUGCCUUCGCAGAUACGUGCAAGGAGACACAGCGAAUGGCUAGUGUGCUGAGGGAAUUCGGCUUUGGAGCAGUCGCGUUGCACGGGCAGAUGCCGCAGGUGCACCGCUUGGGUGCACUGAACCAGUUCAAGAGCGGACAGAAGCAGAUCUUGGUAUUGAUCAGAGGUUCUAGUUUGUUUUGGUUUUUUUUGAAAUUGAAAAUGAAGCAACGUACAGGCACACCUUACCUCUUCUUGAGAAUCUCGAUGUCGAGUCUUUUUGUUCCUCUCUCCUGUAGUCUCAUUAUCUGUUUUUCAUUCUUCUCGUUGUCCUUGUCCUUGACAUGUCCCUCACCGUUAUUUUAGGUUGCCACCGACGUUGCUUCUCGUGGUUUGGAUAUUCCAUCCGUUGAUAUCGUAAUCAACCUGGACAUUCCGAAGAAUUCCAAGGACUACGUGCACCGAGUCGGUCGUACUGCUCGCGCAGGGCGCAGUGGCCGGGCCAUAACGAUCGUCACACAGUACGAUGUCGAAGCCUACACGAAAAUCGAGCAGUCACUCGGCAAGAAGCUACCAGAGUUUACUACAGUGUCCGAGGAAGAGGCCCUCGCUUUUCACGACAGAGCGCAAGCAGCGUGCAGAAAAAUCGAUCUUCAGGAACGAGAAGAAAACGACGGUCGAAAUGGAAAACGCGGUGCAUCAUCAGGCGGAGGCAACAAGCGACCAGGCCAAAAGCGACUCAAAAGAAAAUAAUCUCAUCCUCAAAACUGCUUUGUUGCAAACCCGUUAUGAUAAUGAAAAAUGUACUUGAGACCAUCUCAUUCUUGUCGAGCACAAAGCAUGCGACUGUUGCAAUUGUUGGGCUGCGCGACGGCUUUUUUUACGGCGAC